AGGAGUGUGAAGAAUAUUUAUUUGUAUCCUCGUCGCGGGGAAGAAUCUCAGUGCUGAUCAUAAAGACUGACGGAACUUUUGUGUCGGUGUGUCGUUUGUGCUGUCGCGGAGUCGGUAGUUUUUCGCAGUGUUCGCACAGCCAUGUCGCUUCCAGGACUCAUGAAAAUGGUCUCCAACGCGAGCAUGUCCCGUUUGGGACCUGUUCCGAGCUUCACUCUGCCAGAGCAGGCCAUCAGCCAGGACGUAGUGACUGUUGCUUUGCAAAAUAGAUGCACGAAUGCUCCUGCGGCAAAAACUGAACCUGGUUUGACUGAUUUGCGUUCGCAGCUUCCGUCAGCGUCGCAGGCGGACAUGAUCAACAUGCCCCCGUUGCCGCAACAACUCCACGCUGCGAACGCGAAUUCGCUGGUCGAGUUCAAGUGUUGUCUGGAUAUCAACUCGGAGCCGCACGAGCGCCGUUUGUCGGGUGUGAUCUGCACGAUCGGACCCGCGUCUAGGGAAGUGGAUACGCUCGAGAAACUGAUCAAGGCUGGGAUGAAUGUUGCGAGGCUCAACUUCUCGCACGGAUCUCACGAGUACCACGCGGGUACCAUCAAGAACAUCCGAGCUGCCAACGUGAACCACAACAAGAUGCUUGGGCGUCCGUUUCCUAUUGCCAUUGCUUUGGAUACCAAGGGGCCCGAAAUUCGUACCGGAGUGUACACCGAGGGUGCCACGGCAGAAAAGAAGCUGGAGACUGGAGGCAAGUUGCGUCUGACAACUGACGAGAAGUACGAGAAUGCCUGCACUGGCGAGCUCAUUUAUCUGGACUACAAGAACAUCACGAAGGUGGUUCAGCCUGGCAGCCGCAUUUUCAUCGACGACGGCCUCAUCUCCGUCAAGGUCGCAUCUGUCGGACCCGACUACCUCGAUUGCGAAGUGGAAAACGGCGGCAUGCUCGGCACGAAGAAGGGAGUCAAUCUACCCGGUGCAGCUGUCGACCUGCCGGCAGUGUCUGAAAAGGACAAGCAGGACUUGGUCUUCGGUGUUCAACAAGGCGUGGACAUCGUGUUUGCGUCGUUCAUUCGAGAUGCGGAAGGCGUGAGGGCAAUCAAGAAGAUCCUGUCUACAGCCGGGAAAGAUGGGGAUAAGAUUAUGAUUGUGAGCAAAAUUGAGAACCAACAGGGUGUUGCCAACUUGGACGAGAUUUUGGAGGUGUCCGAUGGAAUCAUGGUUGCCCGUGGAGACUUGGGCAUUGAAAUUCCCCCGGAGAAGGUUUUCGUAGCUCAGAAGAUGAUGUUGGCCAAGUGCAAUGUCGUGGGGAAGCCGGUGAUUUGCGCCACCCAGAUGCUUGAGUCCAUGGUGAAGAAGCCGCGCCCGACUCGUGCCGAGGUGUCGGACGUGGCCAAUGCUAUUUUGGAUGGCGCCGAUUGUGUGAUGUUGAGCGGAGAGACGGCCAAGGGCGACUAUCCAGUCGCUUGCGUGCAGACCAUGGUGAAUAUCUGUCGGGAAGCCGAAGCGUCCGUGUUCCACAAGAGCGAAUUCUCCGAGAUGUCGCAAACCAUCCCGUACCCUCUGGACGCCACGCACUCUACGGCCAUCGCCGCUGUCAAAUCUGCUUUCAACACGCUAGCUACGGCUGUCAUCUGCAUCACUACUUCGGGUCGUUCGGCACAUUUGGUGAGCAAGUAUCGCCCGAGGUGUCCGAUUAUCGCCGUUACCCGACUGGAACAAACCGCUAGACAAUGUCAUUUGUGGCGUGGCGUGAUUCCAUGCUUCUACAAGGAAAACCGCAUGGACGACUGGCUGCGUGACGUGGACCGCCGGGUGCAGUACGGCAUCGACGUGGGCAGACAAGACGGCUUUAUCAAGGUCGGCGACCCGGUCGUCGUCAUCACCGGUUGGCGCAAGGGCUCUGGCUUCACCAAUACCAUGCGCAUCCUGUACGUAACUAAUGACUCGGAAGAAGGCUUCCCAGAAGCCAUGAACGAUCUUAAGAUAGAGUCCGAGUGAAGCGAGAGAGCACACACAGUUGUUUCACUUUGGUGCUUUGAUUGAUUGGUCGAUUCAUUAUGUGGUUGGUUGAUCUAUUAAUCUGGGCUUCGUACCGAGUGAGUUCACUAUAGUUGUUGGUCUGACUUACGCUGAGCAGAAAGAGGAGGAGGAGGAAUAAAAGAGGUGUGGUAAAAAUGAACGACGAACGAGUCCCAGUUAUAGAAAGCUUUCGUGGCUCACGUAUUAGCCGUUUAUAAUAAGCACAAUCUGUGUUAUUAAAAUUGCAGUAUUUAUUUAUCUCCUGCGAAGAGCGAAAGAGUCUUCUUGGCAUGUUGCUUUGAACCAUCUCAAGUUGAGGCUAGUGGUUAGGGCGGAACUUUUUUCGAGACCUCUCUGCAGACUCGCUGUACUUGACAAACAUUUUCUUUCAACGAAAAACUUCGUACAACGCUUCUCUGCUCCAAAGAUCUACUUUAUUUAUCUUGAGUGCAGCUCCUCUACGAUUAAAUUCUGCGUACAGUAAAACGCUUAAUUUUUUGGGAUCUUUGUUAAGAAAGGCUGCCUCUCAUUGUGCAAUGAUUUCGAAUAUUCAAUACCACGGCUUGUCUGAGCUUUAAUUUAUUUUAUGCGAUUGAACGUGAUUUCUACCCCAGAGGUGCGAGCAGUUAUUAAUUUCAGACGUGAACUCACUCAUAGCGUCUAUAUUAACCGCUUGGUUCCCGCGGAGGUUAAUUUUUUAGCUUUUUUUUUUUUUGCGUGUAUGGCUUUUUGGUUAUUUUGGCUUUGUUUUUGGAACAUCCCUGCGCAUUUUUAGUCGUCACUGUUAGCUUUUACGUGAAAACGAAUUGCAACGAACUGGGAAUGUGCAACCUUGAUGAGAAAGUGGCUGAAAGUGUAUCCUGGGGAGAAAUAUAUAAUUAUCGGCGUGUAUGCGCUUUAAAGAAAAAAA